AUAACAGAGUGAAAGUGAUAAGAACAAGUGUGUGAAGUGAACUUUGACCAAUUCUGAAGAGCAUUCAGGACAUCUAGAGCUCUCCAACAUCUCAGCUUUGCAGGGAGGCGCGGGAAAAGCAGUGAUCAACGACUCAAGCAGUGGUUGCCCCCACCACCAGCAACAGCUGAGUUCGCCGUUUUCAUUGUUAUGGUUAGAAAUCUGUUGAUUCGUGCCUGGCAACGAGUCAUGCCGGUUUUGUAAAAUUUUGUACAUUGUCGCAAAAGCAGCAAAAAUGGAACUCGACAAGUCGAUCGCCCUUCAGAAGCAGGUGCGCGAGAAUGCCGAUACUCUUCGCAAUGAAUUCUUGGAUAUGAAGAAUUGGGAGCAGCAGAUGAAAAAGGCUGACAUGGAACUGAGGGGCUCUGACCCUGAUGCGAGCCAGGCACUACCUCCGAUACGAAGAAAGAAGACAUCCUCGAGAUCGAAGUCCAAGAGCAAAGACAACGGCAGCAAAUCGAAACGCAUAAAGUCGUACGACUACUCUGCCUGGGACAGCUUCGACGUCGACAAAGCAUGCGAGGAAAUCGACAAGGAGAAUGAGUCUGAGGACUCGGGUGAGGAGCUGCUGAGUAAAGAGGAGCUGGAGAAGAAUCAUGAAGAGGCAAUCAAGCACAAAGUCAUGGGGAAUACCUACGUCAAUCAGCAGAAAUGGGACAAAGCGAUGGCGUGCUACGGCGAAGCGAUCAAAGUCUUCCCAUACGACGCAGUUUUCUGGGCUAAUCGAGCACUUUGUCAUCUAAAAAUGGAUAAUUUAUUUUCCGCAGAAUCAGAUUGCACAUCAGCUAUCCAACGAGAUGAGCAUUACGUGAAAGCUUAUCAUCGACGGGCAACUGCCAGAAUGGCCUUGAAACAGUACGCAGAAGCUGUUGAGGACCUGAAGAAACUACUGAGUCUCGAGGCUGAUAACAAAGAAGCUAAGAGGAUGCUUGCCACUGCCCAAAAGGGACUCGACAAUUCCAAGCCACUAAUUUUAAGCAGCACAAAAACACAAGAACCAGUAUCUAAAUCAGAAACAGAGACUAAGUCUGAGAAACCAACGAUUACUCUCAAGAUUGUUGAUGUACAUAAGCCAGAAGAGUGCGUUGAGAAAUUUCUAGAUGAAAAAUAUUUGAUAACUGAAGAGGGGACGCCCAAAAUUCGAGGUGAAUGGGACGGAGGGACGUCUAAGUAUCGAGAUUGGUUGCCUGAUGUUGAGGACAGUGUUGAGGAGAUUAAGGUGAUUAAUAAAUUGCCACAUCAAAGAUCGAAGAAACCGUUGAGAUCAGUGCCUAUAGUAACCUCGGACCUCUCUAAGCUGUCCAUGGACUCCAAGAAAUGUGAAUCAAAGGUUGAAUCUCACGUCGAAGGUAAUUUGGAGAAAAAUGCAUCGAGAGAAAGCCGUGAAGAGCCAGCAGAAGUGUCUUCAGUUGAAAAAUUGGAUCUACCCCCAGUUCCAAGAACAGCAGUGCAGUUCCUCAUGAAUUGGAACAAAAAUAGAUCCCCUGAAUUUCGUUAUCAAUACUUAAAGCAAAUUCCAGCAGAAUCAAUUGCAAAAGUUUUCCAAGAUUCGAUGGAGUCCGACACAUUCAGUGAAAUUCUAAAGGUCCUCUCGACGCACUUCGUUCCUAACAAAGAUCCGGUGUUCCAUUACCUCAAUCACCUGACCGAGAUCAAAAGGUUCAGGAUGUUGACGAUGUUCAUGUCAAAAAAAGAGAAAGAAGAUUUGGAAGCGUUAUUCACCUAUUGCAGAACAACAGACGGCCAACCAGAAGCCGAAAUCGACUCCCUGCAUUCCAAAUACGAACUAUGAACGUGUAGAUACUCCAAGAGAUCUAUGAAACCGUGAUACUAACGUUAAAAGCAAGUAAAAACUCAAAGCUUUAUGCAGAUUAUUUUUCAAGAGUUUGAAGAGUUUAAGAAAUAAAAAGUAUUCUCAAUCAUUGCUAACGGUUUUGUAAAUUAAUAUUCAUCGGUGAAGUCGUGAAAUAAUUUGCGUUUGGGCUGUUAAAUUGAGACUAUUAAUCAAUUGAUUUAAUUUUUCGUGUACAAUUUUCUCAUGUUCGCAAAAGCUUCCUCAGCACUUGGUUACAGUCCGCCAAUUUCCAAGACAAUUGGUGAAUAGUUUAAGAUUUGCACGAGUGGUAUCAGGCAAAAUUGAAGAGCCAGUGAUCAGUGAGAGGAGACUGAUUAAAAUUUAAAUGAAGUUAUCAAGAUAUCUUUUUUACUGUAAAUUUUAUUCUCCUCCGAAAAGCACUUUUGAAAGUUUUGUUUAGAACUCUCCAUUGCGCCACAAUCGUCCAAUUAACAAUAAAUAAUUUUCGAUUUUCGAAGCAACAACUCUGUUCAUAACUUCUUAAAUUAUAUAUUCACACCUAAAAAUUUCCUCUCCACAAAAAUCUCUUCUCAGAUAUUAUUAACCAUUUUUUGGAGGAAAUUCCCUGACAUAAAAUCCUCCAUUACAUUCUCUCCUAAAUUUACAAAUUAAUGGAUUUCACAAAUUCAUGAAUUUAUAGCGAAUUUCUUAAAUUUUUAAAUUAUGUCAUUGACACGCAGUUCUAAGUGAAUUAAUAAAUAGUCGUUUUUCGUAGAAAAUCUCUAAACUGACUCAUUACCAAGAUA